AAGAAUUGAAGUAUAGUUAUAAAAUGGAACCUCGACUAUUUUCACUUGUCUUGUUGAUGAUGAUGAUGUACUCUUCGUUCCAGCUCAUGGUGACGGCAACCAUAGAUGAUGAGUUUAACCUUAUCAAAGAUGUCAUCGAAAAGCGUUCAUUGUUCUCCAAAUGUGACCCUCAAAGUGGAAGGAUUGUUCAUAUCAACGUCAUAUUUUACCCUAUGUUUAUCAUAGAGUUGAAUGAAAGAGAGCAGGUUCUUACCUCAAGUGGGUGGAUUGACCUGUGGUGGACCGAUUCGAGAUUAACGUGGAAUGCCAGCAACUAUGGUGGAAUUGAUAAAAUGUGUGUUAAACAAAACAUGAUAUGGAUUCCAGAUAUCAUAACUGAAAAUUCUGUCGCAGGUUUAAGUAUGUUGGGAUCUGGUCAGGACUUUGUUAUAGUUCAUUCUAAUGGAGAAGUUGAGUGGUCACCAGGAAACAUUUUCAAAACUAUCUGUGAAAUUGAUGUUGUCACAUUUCCAUUUGAUUCUCAGCAGUGCUCCCUAAAUAUCACCUCCUGGAUGUAUUACAGCAAUGAGAUCAGCUUCGUGCCAACAAAGGAUUCCAUUAACAUGGACUUUUUUAAGUCGAACUCUGAAUGGAAAUUGUUAAACAUAUCAAUCUCUGAGACUGUAUCUUCCUUCAGGGGUGAACAUGGUAUACAGAAGGACAUUUCUUUUGUAUUUAAGCUGAAACGCUUCAGUGUUUUCUACGUCGUGAAAAUAAUCAUUCCAGUUGUGAUCUUAUCCAUUUUGAACAGUUUUGUUUUCAUCGUUCCACCAGAGUCCGGAGAGAAAGUAUCCAUGUCCGUAACCACAAUGCUAUCCCUGACAGUGUUUCUCAGUUACAUCGGUGACAUUACCCCAAACAACUCAGAGAGCAUCCCCAUCAUAGCUCUGUUCGUUGUUCUUCAUCUUGCUCUGGGAGCCUUAUCCAUCAUCUGUAACAUCCUCAUUUUGAACAUACAUCACAAAGCUAUGAAGGAAAAAGAAAAAAGAGAUUUAAGAAGGGAAACAAGGGUCAACAGAUCAAAUAAUAAUGAACCUGAAGAAGUUACAAUGGACACAAUACCGAACUGUGCGGAAAUCCCUGACGGUACGAAGGCUGAGAGGGCCAUGAUAAUUAUGAGACACCUUGAUAUGAUUUUCUUUGCUUUCUUCAUCUUGUUAUCCGCUGGUGUUACGAUUGGGUGUGUAGCAAUCAUGUUAAUUUAACAUUGACGUGAACAAGUUCUAAAUGUUCAACAGCACUGUCACAGUUGGUGUGUUUACAUCUAGUAUCAGUCAUGUGAUUGUGUCC